UCACCCUGCAAUAUGUAUUCUAGCUCGUUGUGAUGAAAUAAAUUCGUUGUCAUGAAGUGCAUUGCGUUUUUAAUGCAAAUUCGAACGUUAUGUUAUUUUCGCCACAAACGAGUACAAAUUAUUGGAAUUCGUUAAAAAAUAUGUAUUAAAAAGUGCAUUUGCUAAAUAACAGUGGCAAAUUUUCAUUUGUUGCAGCGAAAUUGAUUUCAAUUCCAAAAGUUGUACUAUGACAGCCAUUUUGUUUCGUUUUCGUUUUUAGUACACACACGUAGGUUAAUGUCAUUAACAACAGCUAUUUAUCUCUUUCCCGCUUAUGUGUCACGCAUUGUUCGGGUAAUUCGACAAGUGAAAUCGUUAUAUGUGCGGUUUAGUUCGAAAAUUGUAUAUUUGACGGCUUGCGAACGCGCGUCUCGAUCAUAACGCGUACGUGCUGAAAAUUGCAAAAAUAUAUGGUAAAAAUUGUUUAAAUAAAAGCAAAGUGCACAGCAACGUUAAUUUGCCAAACAACAUUCGGUGUGUUAAAGCAAGCAAUUUUAAUUAUCAAAUUUGUGCAUUAUAAAAGUUUAUGGAAACAAAAUAUCAAGUGUAAAAUCGCAUCUAUUCUAAUUCAUUAGCGCUUAUCGGAUUAACCGAUACAUUAUAAUAAUAGGAUAAAUUCCUUGAUACAUACAAGCAUUAUAUGUACAAAAGCACUGCAUUCAACACGCAGUAUUUCUGGACCUAAAAGCGGGACAGCAGUUUUACUGCACCACAAUUAACUUGGCUUUCAUGGAUGUAUGUAACUAAAUAAAAAAAAAAACAAUCUGCAAUAGAAUACACCAACUUUAAAAACUACGGAAAAUUACUUCGUGUGAGAAUAAAAACAAACACGCGGGAAAAUGUGCAGUUUUUCAAGCUGAUCCCGAAUACUACUCUGUUGCUCUAAAUGUGUGUUAUUAAACUUGCGAUAAGAUGCGGCGUUCAAUAACAAGAGCAACAAAAAUCACAUCAACAGUAGUAGUAAAUUCUAUACGUAGUAUUUUAUUUCAAAGCACGGAAGGAUCGAGAGCUACCUUUAAACUACUCUACUACCACAAUACUAGACUGCAAAAAAGGAUUUGAAGACGAACACACUCUAUAACCAAAUCUCAAAAAAGUAAACAAAUCAAGCAAAGUGUAGCUAGCCUGUGUUAGUAGGCGUAAAGGGGAAGUACUGCGUAGGCUGUGUAUAGACUGCCCAACAACAGACAUACAAUCAUUAACAAGAAGUCAUCAUUGCCUGUAUACAACAUAGUGGUCCGUAGCAGCUUCCCGAUAAACAAAAAACCAUAAAGUUUAACUCUUCGGUAUCGUUUUAUAUAGUGUUCACAAAAACAAAUCGCACACACUCUGAAUCAAAAAUAUCACACAACUAGCAGCUGUUCCUGUGUUAUUUAUUUACCAAUUGUGUAGUAAACAACAACAACAAUAAGUCACCUAAACGCUCACACGCGAGUAUUAACAACAAAGCAAACAAUUGCACCGUUGUGCUAGUGUGCGUGUGCGUGCGGCUGUGUGUGUGUAUAAGAGAAAAGCUUAAACAUGUCGCAAGAACCGCCGCCACGCGAUGAGCCGUACGUGGAGCCGGUUAACGGCAUCGUACAACCCCCAACCAUACCGCCACCCGAUCGACCCGGUCGCAAUACAAAUCAACUGCAGUAUCUCAUUAAAACCGUGAUGAAAGCAAUUUGGAAACAUCAUUUCUCUUGGCCAUUCCAGCAACCGGUCGAUGCAAAAAAACUCAACCUGCCCGAUUACCAUAAGAUUAUCACACAUCCAAUGGACAUGGGUACGAUAAAGAAGCGUCUGGAGAAUAACUACUAUUGGUCAGCCAAGGAGGCCAUACAAGACUUCAACACAAUGUUCACCAAUUGUUAUGUCUAUAACAAACCCGGCGAGGAUGUUGUUGUUAUGGCGCAAACAUUGGAAAAGGUCUUCCUGCAGAAAAUCGAAGCCAUGCCCAAGGAGGAAAUCGAAUUGGAGCCGGUGACACCGAAAGGUGGUAAAAAGAAACCACGUCCACCUGGCAAACCUGCAACACCCAGCUCAGCGUUGCUACAUACACCUGUCGCCGGUGCAGCAGCGGCCAGUGCAGCUGCCGCCGCCGUCACAGGUGGUACACCGCGAGCACCCGCACGUCCACACUCAUCGUUGAGCAGCACAGUGUCGUCGACGGGCGGCGCAACGGCCACAACUACACCCGCCAUUCCACCCAUUGGCACCGUGCCACCACAAACAGUGCCCGGCAGCACAAAUACCACAACUACCGCCAUAGCGGGUGGUGGUGCAGGUGCCGCACUAACAGCGGCCGGCGCCACAGUACUACCAACCGGUGGUAUAUUACCAGCCGGCGGUGUAGCUGGCGGUUCGUUAGUGGGUGCUAAUGCCGCACUAGCGGCGUCUGUAAGUGCGGCCGGUGCAGUCAAUUCAUCGCUGCUCGAUGCCAGCGGCGUUGGUGUAAAUGCGGCGGGCGGCGGUGGUAUUGGUGGUGCAACCAAUUCUGCAGCAGUUCCUGGCGCUGCCGUACUAUCCGCGUAUCAUCACAGCAGUGUGAAUAGCACAGCCGAUGCGGUGAUACCGCCACAACAGCCGGCGAAAAUGAAGAAGGGCGUCAAGCGGAAGGCCGACACAACGACGCCGACUGCGAAUGCAUUUGAAAUGCCACCGUACGCGCAAAUCGAUUCCAAGAGCGCCAAAAUCGCAACCAGACGCGAAUCCAGUCGACAGGUAAUGAAUAAAAAGGAUCUCACAUUCCAAGGAUCCGCUUAUCCCAUGUCACCGAUGGCCGUCGCCGGCAUGGCGCCUGGCGGUAUGGGCGUACCUGGCGGUGCUGGUGGCGUUCCCGGUGUUGUUAAGAACAAGGAAAAGCUGUCGGACGCACUCAAAUCAUGCAAUGAAAUCCUCAAAGAGCUGUUUUCGAAAAAACACUCCGGCUACGCUUGGCCCUUCUACAAGCCCGUGGACGCCGAGUUGCUCGGCUUGCAUGACUAUCACGACAUUAUCAAGAAGCCAAUGGAUUUGGGCACUGUGAAGCAGAAAAUGGACAAUCGCGAAUAUAAAAGCGCACCGGAGUUCGCCGCCGAUGUGCGAUUAAUAUUCACCAAUUGCUAUAAGUAUAACCCGCCAGAUCAUGAUGUCGUUGCCAUGGGUCGCAAGUUGCAGGACGUUUUCGAAAUGCGCUACGCCAACAUACCCGACGAACCGGUGGCCAAUGCGCAUGCGGCGGCCGCAGCUGCUGCCCACCAUGCAUUCGCCGCAACAACGAAACGUGGCGGUGGUGUGGGAGGUGGUGCCGGAGGCGUUGGUGGUGUUGGGGAUGGAAGCGAUUCAUCGUCAGACGAAUCCUCGGACACGGAAAACGAAUCGAAUUCGGAUGAGGAGCGUAAUGCAAAACUGAAAUUGCUUGAAGCGAAGUUGCUCGACCUGCAAGAGGAGAUGCGCAAGCUGAUGGAGGAAGCUUCCAAUAAGAAGAAGGCGAAGAAAAAGUUGAAAGAGAAGAAGAAGGGUGGUGCCGGUAUGGGCGGCGUUGCUGCCGCGUUGGCUGGUGUUGGUGGCGCGCAUGCACCCGGUGGUGGUGUUGGUGUGGUAGGUGCCGGAGUGGGCGUCAAUGCGGCGCUGGUAGCGGGCGCGAAUUUGCAUGGUGCCGAUUUGGCUGCCGCCAUGGCGAUGGGUCAGUUAGGUGGCGUAGCAGCAGGCGGUAAGGGGGCGCCGUUAGCCGCAGGCUUAGCGGGCGCAGCUGCAGUCGGCGCAACGCCCGGCGGUAAGGGCAAUAAGGUGAAGGGUCAACGUGGUCCCAAAGCGGGAGCGGCCAGUGGCGGUACACCUGGCGCUGGUGGUGCGGCGGCCGCAAACAAGCGUGCAAAGGGUGGCGCAGCGGCAGCAAGCGCUGGCGGCGGCGCUGGAGCGACAGCUGGUGCUGGUGGUGCAGCGGCGCGCGGUACCAACAAGAAGAAGCCCAGUCAGGUGAUGAAUUUCGAUUCGGAAGAAGAGGACACGGCCAAGCCGAUGUCGUACGAUGAAAAGCGACAGUUAUCAUUGGAUAUUAAUAAAUUGCCGGGUGACAAGCUUGGUCGCGUUGUGCAUAUAAUACAAAAUCGCGAACCCUCACUGCGCGACUCCAAUCCGGAUGAGAUUGAAAUCGAUUUCGAAACAUUGAAGCCGUCAACGCUGCGCGAACUGGAAAGCUAUGUGGCAACCUGCCUACGCAAAAAAACUCGUAAGCCCUACUAUAAAAAACCAUCUGGCAAAUCUAAAGAUGAGCAAAUGGCGGAGAAAAAACAGGAAUUGGAGAAGCGGUUACAGGACGUCACCGGUCAAUUGGGUACCAGCAAGAAGACAGCCAAAAAAGACGAAUCCUCAUCGAAUAAAGUGGAAGCCGCACCGCCCACGGCACGCCUCUCAUCCAGUUCCAGCUCCAGCGAUUCAUCAUCGUCCAGCUCAAGUGACAGCAGUUCCAGCGAUUCGAGUGAUAGCGAAGCAGGUGAUAUUGAUAGUCGUCCACCGAGAAGGAAGAAACCUCGUGAAUCGAGUGGUAGCAAUAAUGUAAAUAAUUCAACCAUAGCACCCACCAAUGUUGGCCUGACUACAGCUACUAAUGUUGGUAGCAUUGGCGCAAAUCCUGCAUCAGUUUCAACCUCAAUUACGUCCACAACGCAGCAGACAGCAAACACAACGCAACAAUUGCAGCAUCUUCAAACGACAAUGGCCGGUGUGCCAGCUACGGGAGCAACAACACAAAGUACGAAUAGUUUGGCGCCGCAAAUGACUGCACCCACAUCACAGUUGAACGCAGUUUCGGGCAGUGGAACACAAAUGAGUGUUACUCCCUCAACAGCAGCAACGACGCUUGCAGGUGUUGCGACGGAUCCAACCAUGUCGGCUGUUGCCCUACUUAACAACAACAACAGCAAUAAAACAUCCAUAACACCGGCUUCGGUUGGUAGCGGUGUUGGUGGUAGUGCUUUAAAUGCCAUGAGCGGCGCAGCAACAAUUGGUGGCGGCGGCGGUACUAGUGCAGCCUCAGCGGCUGCUACCACAGCUGCAAUCACAAUAAGUAAUAGUAGCAUUGCCAAUAGCGGUGCAGUGGGUACUAACAACGGCCCUAAUGACUUGACAAUGCCGACGGUAUCGAGCGCAGCCGCCGCACUGAUCGCCUCAUCUGCAAGCGCAGCGUCGCUGGCUGGCUCCUUACUUACUACAUCACAAACUAACAGCGCGAACAAUGUUGGUGGCAAUAAUAAUAAUAAUAAUAACAACAACAACACAACUACCACAAAUAUUGGCGGCAUACGUGUUGCCAGUAAUUUACACAAACUGCCACCACCGACACCGAUGGAUGUUGCUGAUGCGGCUGGCAUUGGCGGUCUGGGUAUUGGUACGCUGCCCUCAAGUAUGCCAAAUACUCUACUGCCAUCUGCUGCUGUCGUCACCACGCCCUCGUCUGUUGCAUCAGCGUCGGUGCCCUCCUCGGUAGCAUCGUCCUUAUUAACCGCUGGACUCAAACAAAUUCCACAAUUUGAUGAUCCCGUUGAACAGUCGCUGGCAUCGCUAGAGCAGCCACUAAUAACGGCAGGGUCGGGAAAAAACGUCGCGGAUAACUUCCUCAUGAACGCCCAUUUGAUGCAACAACAACAGCAGCAGCAACAACAACCGCAACAACUCACGCAUGGCAAUCAUCUACAAAAUGCGGCGGCACAGCAAGCAUUCGGUGCUUUACAGCAGUCACAGCAGCAGCAACAACAACAAGCAGCCGCACAGCAUGCGCAUACCGGCAAUCAUCAUCACAUGGAACUAAUGUCGGAGUUGUUAUCGAAGAACGCCGCCGAAAACGUUUCCGGCAUGAAUGGCAAUCAUUUCCCAUUGAUGCAGCUCGGCGAAGGUCUCAAUAUAAGCACAAUGGCCGCGGCGGUGGCCGCACAACAUUUCCAACAGGCCAUGGCGCAUCAGCAGCAACAGCACCAUCAACAGCAGCAACAACAUGUGCACAAUAACGGUUAUAACAGCGCUGCGGAUCGUGCGUUGGACAGUCUGGCGUUGGCCGGUUUGGGGCUGUCUCAUGGCGGUGGCGCUGGCACAGGUUCCAUUUUCGAACAAUUGCCAUCGAUGGGUGGCAGUCACAACGAAUUUCUAGCCGCCAUGAUGAUGGGCGGUGGCGCCCCAGGCAUGCCCGGUAACUUGUCACUGACUGGUGGCAAGAAAGAUGCUGCAAAUCCGCUCGGCUUGAGUGAUCAUCAAGUGACACAGCAAUUACUGCAAUCUCAGCCACCAAUACAGCCCAAUAAGUUACUGAUCACGCCUAAACCCAUCGAAUCAAUGAUGCCUAGUCCGCCUGAGAAGAAGCCACAUCAACAGGUGCAGCAAGUCGCGCCUCCACAGCAAUCGCCAUCCGAUCUGAAGAUACCAACAGCCGCGAGUCUGGGCAGUGCCAGCGGUUUGGGCUCAAAUCAAGCGAAUUUCGCACAAGCUUUCAAAUCGGCGCACGAACAGAACCUUAAAAAUGCCAGUUCAUGGUCGUCACUGGCAUCGGCCAGUUCGCCGCAGAAUACACCGACUUCGAACAAGCCUAAACCCGCCAUGGAUUCGUUCCAACAGUUCCGCAACAAAGCCAAAGAGAAAGCCGAUCUUCAGAAGAAGUUGGAAGCCGCCGAGAAGGAGCAGAAACGCCAGAAGGAGGCGGCCGAAAAGGAGCAACAACGCAAACAGCAUCACAAACAACCGUUGGGCGUAAUCGGUGUGAGUGGUGGUGUAACCGGUAACGGUAAUAGCGCUGUAGGCGGUGCAGGUGCUAACGUCAUUGGUGGUGGUGUUGGUGUCGUUGGCAGUGCCGGUGGCGUGGGUAGCGCUAGUGGUGCGGGUGGUGGCAGCGGUGGCGCUGGUCAUCAUACAUCCGCAUCGGCAGCAUCAUUGUCACAGUCGGCGCAUGCGCACGGACAUUCACAUGGCCAUGGCGGUCAUGGGCAUGGGCAUGCGGUCAGCAGUAGCGGUGGUGGACAUAUGCAUUCGACGGCAGCUGACGUCAGCAUGGAGAGUGGGAGGAAAAGUGUUCACGACGUCACUCAGGUGCAGAAUUCACGCGUAGAUGAUAUCAAAGCGUCGCCGCAGGGCAGCGGCUCACCGGCGGGUGCGGCACAACAAUCGCCACAAGAUCGCGCCGCGGCAAGACGUGCGGAACUGCGACGUCUGGAGCAGGAGCGACGACGACGUGAAGCGAUGGCCGGUCAAAUUGAUAUGAAUAUGCAAAGUGAUCUAAUGGCGGCCUUCGAAGAAUCGCUUUAAUAAAUAAAAAAUCCCAGCAGUGUUGUAGAGAAGUAAACUCAUUUGAAAACCCAAUACUAAAAGAAAAAACAGUUAGUGCUAGCCUAAUAUAAUGCAGGUUUGUGAUCAAUACAUAUACAUACAUAAAUAUAAAGUAAAUAGUGCGAGUGUAUGAAAGCCAGCGCAAAUUGUGAGAGUGAACAACCAACAACAACUAUAACAAAGUGGAGUUAAAUAUGUAUAUUGAAAAAGCUUCAUUUAAGAUUCACCGAUUGAAGCGUUUCAAUUGUAAGAAGAAAAAAAAAAAAACAAAAAUCACAUUGUAGUGAGGCAAAUCCAAAUGAUGAAUACAUUCAUGCUGGUGUAAAAACAAUGUUAAUUACGGAUAUUCAUUUGACUCAACGCGCUAAGUCAAGUUAAAGGAACACAGAAAAAUGCAUUAAAAUAUAAUUAAAUUUUAGUAGUAUAUAAGUGAAAGCAAAAUAAUGGGACGACGAUGUUUUGAAAACACAGAAAACAAAGGCAGAGGAGAAGGAAAGAGAGACAGAAGAAAAAAAGUUGAAUGAAUGAAUGAGCAACAGCAGCAGCAGUAGAUGUUCGACUCCUAACUAUUAACUUUACUUAGCAAUUGAAGGAAGGAAGCAGGUGGCGUACGUAGUGGAGCAAACGAAGAGCAGGAGUGAGCGAAAGCGUGUACGAACUUAGCUGUUGCUGGUAAUAAAUUAAUAAAUAAAUAAAUAAUAACAAUAAUGAUAAAUAAUAAAAUGUUAAUAAAAUGAAUAGUAAACAGUUGUAAUGUUGAUAUGAAACGAAAAUACACACACACAUACACAUACA